AUGGCAGAUGCACCUAGCAGCCACAACAGCACAGCCCCCGCUCCAGAUGCGGGUUACGAAGUAGAUGGUGCUGGUCCCUCACAUACUGCGCAAGAGUCUGCGCCUACUAUCCAGCCGGCUACUUCUGCUAACUUACCCUUGAGACAAUCAAGACAGCAUGUGGGAGGGGCGCAGCCAAAGAUUCACGACGUGACGGAAAAGUUCACGAGGGCUUGUAAUGCUCUCGAGGUCGGUCAACUCGUCAAAGAUGAAUAUUUUACGCUUUUUGAAUCCAUUGGGGCCAUCGAAAUCAUGGACCCCAAGAUGGAUUCGGGCUUCCUCGUCCCGGGCGAAACUCUAGAAGAUGACUAUGAUACACUUACCCCCCUCCUCCCCGAGGAAUUAAUAGGCAUCAUGGACCAACUACUCUGCUACGAAAUGGCCUGGCACACGGGCUACCCUCUCUCCCAAACCCUCUUCACAUCCGUCUACAUUGACAAGCUACUCUGGCCCGAGACCAAGAUCCUCUCUCAAGCGCAGUUUUUCCGUGGAGACGUGGCGGAUGAGAGACGGCCUGGCCCGUUGUUAGAGAUACUUCGAGCGUAUUGUCUAGCGGUGAUCAAAGGAUGUGAUUUCGUGAUUUCCAAGAUAACGGCGAGGGACUACUUUGAGGAGGAGGACUUUUGCACGCAUACAUACAACCGGGUACUGUUUGUGAACAUGCCGAUGGAUGUCUUCCUCCGCGAACUCGAUGCGGCUAUCGACACAGUCGCAGACGCCGCCCUUGUCGACAUCAACGACGCCCUCCGCCAAGCCAUCAUCUCGCGCCUCGAAUUGCGCAAGUAUCUUCUGCGCGCCCUCGACCUGGAUCUGCCCCUAGACCAGACAUGUUACUCCUGGCCCCCGGUGCUCGAAGGCAUUGAGCGGCUGAAGAGCACGCAUCAGUUGGGGAAAAUGGUGCCUGGAGCGUUUAGUCCAAAGAUGCAACGUCGACUCGCUUCCACGGUACCUCCACGACCGAUUGUAGACUUGUCCUUUCCAGACGCUGCGGACAAGCUGAAGCAACUUGCCACCGAUUGCCACGAAAGCACGCGCUUUCCCUUGUUACCCCAGGACCCGCUGGAAUACCAAGCAUUCCUCUGGCACUACUCUUCCCGCUCGCCGCCGCCUCUGGCAUACUCUAGGUCGUAUCUAGCCACGUUGCUGUUCCAUCCAGAGGUGCUGGAAACGUCCGUCUCCCUGCCACUGGCGGAUGUGAAGAGUCUUGUGCUGACGGCGAGUCCGGUGCUGGAUCCGAUGAACUGGACCUUGUCUCCGCCGCGGAACGCGCUACUGCCCAAGCCACCCAAACUGAUGUUUGCCAUGCUAAUCGACGAAUUUGUGGAGAGGGCGGGACAAGCGUAUCUUGAUCUGUGGGUUGCCAUGAGCCAGAAUAGAUGUCGGGUAAGACGCAUGUUGACACAUGUCAUCACGGGAUGGGAUCUACUGCAAGCAGAUGCUAGUUCCAUCGACGUGGACAUUUCCACCGCGGCCGCACAAGUUGGUGCCGACGUGGGGAGCCAGGUCAUGGAGUUUGGGCUGAGCACGUGGGUGUACCACAAGAAGCUUUGGAUGGUGGAAAAGGUCAUCCUGCUCGGUUUUGAACAGGAUAUAUACCUCCCUGACGAGUACGCCGGCAUGUAUCUCUUCCUUGGCCUCAUUGCGACAAGAAGGAAGGAGUUGUUGAGGAGAGUCGAAGCACACUACAUCGUCCUAUCGUCAUCUUUUCUCAAGGAAAGACGCUUCAGGGAAGUACAAGACGUCGAAGAUGCGCAACCUUUCCUCGCUUCUCUCCUCGCUGGCGCCGAGGGAACGGCAGAGCUGGCACUUGCCAUGGCACGUUUCUACAUCAUCGCGUUCUAUCUGGGCAAGUUGCCCAUGCCGCGCCGCACCCCUUUUUCCACAGACAAACUCCGUUACGAAGUCCGCAUGAAACCUUUUCUCGCUCUCUCACCGCCCGAAGCACCGCCUUUUGAAGACUUCCAAGCACACAGCCAGCCGUAUGGCCCGCCGCCGUCACUGGCGGAACCAUCACCUGAGGCCUUUGUCAGAGAUGUGAGGGACGAGGGGUCGAGUCUCUGGCUUGAGGUAGACACACAUCUUAAAGCGGCCAAGGCGGCGUUUACAGAGUAUAAGAAGCUGGGGGCUGAGGCUGCAAAGGCGAAAGGUGUGGAGGCUAGUUGGAGUGAAGAGAUCAAGAGUCUGUUGGCGAGCUGUGUUAGUCUUGGACUGGCGGUCAAGGAGAUUAAAGAUGCUGUUAUGGUUGGAGAUGAGGGGGCGGAGGUGGGGAAGCGCAUUGGGAUUGAGAUUCCGGAGGCCGGGGCUGGGAAGAGGUAUGCUGAGGGGUGGAUUGUUGGGAGGGUUAGUAGGGUGUAA